AUGUAUAGCGACGACAAAGAAAGUGAAAGCGAAUAUGAGGAAGAGACAUCAUAUAUUAUACUCGACCUAGGAACGGAAGCUACACUUGACAUGUUAACAGAUAACAAUAAAAUAAUAAAAAACUUUAAUUCUAAUAAAUAUCACUUCUCACAAUGUGAUGGUGAAAAUGAAAAAGUAAAGGACGAUGUUACAUAUUCCUUGAUUGGGCUAAAAACGGAUAAUCCACGGAUGCGAAUUGACAUAUCAAAUCCAAGACAGCAGUACCUAACGUAUACUUGUCAAACGACCAAAAAGCUCAUAUUAUCAAGAAUAUCAUUACAUCCUGUCGAAUCACAAAAUAAUUUGGAAGAAGGUGAUAAACUAGAUGAUUCUUUUUCUUUAAAUGAUAUGAACUGUUGGGAGGAUUUAAAAUAG